AUGAAGCCUUCACUCUUUCUCGUCGGCUGUAGUGCCAUCCUGGUGGCCGCCAGUCCUAUCCUUCAAGGCCGAAGGCUUUUCGUUGAGACGGAGGUCAUCGUUCAAUAUGUCACUGUUACUGUGACAGAGGGUGCUGCCACAACAACGGCCUCUAAGACGACUCCACCUCCACCUCCACCUCCGCCUCCUCCGACAACCACGGCUCUGUCUAAACCGUCAACCACGUUACUGCCCUCGCCGCCGCCUCCGCCGCCUCCCCCUCCUCCUCCGCCUCCGCCUCCUCCGCCGCCGCCGCCCUCUACCACUGGACCUACCACGUCUACUGCGGCACCCAAGCCAACCACGACCAGCACAACGGUCCGGCCUCCCAACCCCUCUUCUAAACAACCCCCGGUUCAAUCCUCGUCGAAGUCGGAACCCCCCCCAGCCCCUUCCUCUACCACGCAGGACCAGACGCCGAAACCGUCAGACUACGCAAGCACCGCUGUUUACCAUCACAACAUUCACCGCUUUAACCAUUCCGCCAAUGCCGUAGAAUGGAGUGAUGAACAUGCGAAAUAUGCAAAGACCCUAGCUGAAACAUGCGUCUUCGCGCACGAUACAUCUAUCGGUGGCGGUGGCUACGGUCAAAACUUAGCCAUGUGGGGAUCAAGUGCCAACCCGGAAGCCUUUGGGGCAACAGCUUCAGUUGCUCGUGCCGCCAGCAAUGGCUGGUACAACGGCGAGUUGAACGAUUUCCCCGCGAGCGAAUAUGGUAAGGACAGUCCCGACAUGUCCAACUUUGAGAAGUGGGGCCACUUCUCGCAGCUUGUGUGGAAGGGGACAGAGAAGGUUGGCUGCCACAGUCAAUUUUGCCCACCCGGGACCAUGUCAGAUCUUGGAUCCUGGUACACUGUCUGCAACUACUUCCCUGCCGGGAACAUGGGUGGUGCUUACGCCAAAAACGUCUUCCCCCCUGAAGGCCAAGCUACCAUUGCGGCUGAAUAA